CCUUAACCAAGAAAAAACAAAUCCCUUCUCUCUCUCUCUCUCUCUCAUCUUUAUCUUUGCUUUUCUUUCUCGUCGACAGCUACAAAUAUAUUUCUCCGUUCGCCAUUCCCCUUUCCUUCCCAAUGCUCUCUCUCACUACUCUGUUUCUCUCUCUACCACCAAACCAUUCAUAAACCUCUCCUCUCUUCUCUCCCACCACCAUUGCCAUUCAUCAGUUCCCCCCUUCACCGAUUUUGCAUGCCGCAACUGCUCAACUCCCAUUGAUUCUCUCCCUCUCUCCGUAUCUCUAAUCUCCACCGCGCUCUCCUUCUUCUUCUUCUCUCUGUAAUGGCGGUCGAGGCCAGGCAUCUCAAUCUCUUCCCUCCCCAGCUCCUCGGCACCAGCCGGGAGAUAAUGAAUUCGAUCGAGGUGAAUAAUAACCUGUACGCCAGCCAGGUCGGGUUCGGCGUGCCGUUGUCCGGCACCACCACAGCGACGACGACGGAUGCUCUGCUUCCGAUGUACAGCUCGGUGAUGGCCGACUCGAAUAAUAAUUUCCUUCUUCCUUACCAGCAGCAGCAGAAGAUGGCGACGGCGAUCAAGUCGGAGGUCAGUGGCCUGUCGACGUUCAACAACAACAACAUCAGUCAGAUUCCGGCCUCGAGGAAGCGGCCGAGGGAUUGUAUGAACGGAAACGGAAAUCCUCUGUUCUCGUCGUAUCAAACGCCUCUUCAGUCGAACAACAAUAACAAAGCCACCGGCGUUGCUCCGUUCUCGUUUCUCGGCCACGAUUUCUCCCUCCAGAUCCAGCAGCAGCAACUCGACGUCGACCGCUUGAUUUCUCACCAUAUGGAGAAAGUGAGGGCGGAAUUUGAAGACAAGAGGAAGAGGCAAGCGAGGAGGAUCAUCCAAGUAAUCGAGGAAGGAAUGCUGAAGCGGCUCAGGGCCAAAGAAGACGAGAUCGACAAGAUCGGGAAAUUGAAUUGGGCGCUGGAAGAGAAAGUGAAGUCGCUCUGCAUCGAGAACCAAAUCUGGCGAGAUUUGGCGCAGAGCAACGAGGCCACGGCCAACGCCCUCCGUUCCAAUCUCGAACAAGUCCUCGCCGUGAAAGAAGACCAGCAGCGGUACCACCACCAGUCGAUGGAAGACGCCGCGGCGCUGAUGGACGACGCCCAGUCCUGCUGCGGCAGCAACGACGAUUGCUUCGAAAACCGGUUCGUCGGCCGGAGGGAGAACGAGGACGAGGCGCCGGAGAGCAGUAACAGCAGCAGCAGCAGGAUGUGCCGGAAUUGCGGGAAGGCAGAGUCGUGCGUGUUGCUCUUGCCGUGCCGGCAUUUGUGCUUGUGCAGUGCCUGUGAGUCCAGCCUCCAUUCUUGCCCCAUCUGUAAAUCCACCAAGAACGCCAGCUUCCAUGUUAACAUGUCGUGAGAGAUAGCCUCUCCGCCGCCGGCGAAGCUCCGGCGGACAAAAAAGACCCCAAAAAAAAAAGAAACAGUUCAAAAGAGAUAAGAAAUUCAGGCGAAUUCUAGAAAGAAAAAAUUGUUUAUUCCAUCUAUUAUUUCUCCUUCAUCUCAUCUAUUUCUCGCCUGCUUAGAUAUUAAUCUAACCUUUUCUUUUUUACUGGAAAUAUAUCUGUUAAUUUUUUGAUGAUACGAUACGAUUUA